CACCGCUACGUGAACCGGUGUCUGUAAAUGGUGCGGACCCACCGACAGUUCAGCCACGGCUGUUGGUGUAGCAGUAAUGGGCAGGAGCUAGUUUGCAAGGGCGCUGAAGCGUUUUUAUUUCCGUGGAUGAUUACGCUGCUUGUCUGAUGUCAACUCACGCUUUGUUGCUAACGGAAGUUAGCAUUAGCGUCUACGGUGGUUACGAGAGAGACGAUUCACAUUAAGGUUUCUAGAUCACUAUGGGUGGGUUGGGGAACGGCCGUCGUGGAGGACGAUCCCCCCCUUUGAUGAUUGCAGCUCUGGUUGCUUGUAUCUUGGUUCUGGGAUUUAACUAUUGGGUGUCCAGCUCUCGAAACCUGGAGCUACAAACCAAGCUGUAUGAGCUGGAAGGCCAGGUGAGACGUGGAGCAGCUGAGCGAGGAGCUGCAGAGACCAAGAAGGCGGAGUUUCAGGAGGAGAUCCAGAAGCAGAAGGAGCAGAUCACUCGCAUAGAAAUCAUGUACAAGAGGCAACUAGAAGGAGCACAGGUCACCUGCAGCCAAGAGAAGACAAAGCUGCAGCAGAAUAUUUCCUCCAGCACCAAAACAAUUCAGGAUCUCAAAGGUCAGCUGAAUCAGCUGAAUGGUGACUUGGGGAAGUUUCAGAAGACGCUGCAGAGCUGCCAGGGCAACAUGGACUCCCUCGACAAGAAAUUAACAUCUGACCUGACUCGGUGCGAGUCCAGGGUCCAGUCCCAGAAGGAGCUGUGUGAUGAGAAACUGGCUGCUGAAAAACGUGAAAUCCAGAGGAAAACGGAGAAGCCUGCAGGCGUCUCCUCACAAGUGGAAGAGAAGGGAGCAGAGAAAAUGGGCUCAACGGUUAAAACUGUAGCUGGCGAAGUUCAAACAACAUUCGUUCUUGGCCACACUCCAAUCAUCCCUCUGCCUAAAGGAAAUGAAUCCCCUCAAACGCACACCAACGAUGUCAUCACUGACAAAGAUUCCGAGAUCUUAGAUCAGUCUCAAACAAAGGAUGUCUCCAAAGUUACGGCUCCCGUAACUGCUGUGGUCAAGGAGGACAAACAUCAGCCAGGAGAGGAAGACCUGGAUGCAGACACAGCUGUGGCUGAGGCCAAGAUCAGCAAAGACAGGAAGGAGGAUCUGACUGAGAAUAAAAGCAUGGAGGUGAUGGAUACUCAUGAUGAAGGUGCUCAGACAGAAGAACCCGACCCUGGUAUGGAGGGCAUGCUGAUCGAUCAGGGGAGACCAGAUGAGACCCCUGUGGGCCAGAAGCUCGAGGAACCAGAUGAAUAUGAUGGUGAUGAGCAGGUGGUGGGUGGAGUUGAUUUGGAGAAACAGCAGAGGAGCAAACAAGGUGAAAACAUAAACAAGGAGAUGGAGGAGGAACUAGCCGACUAUAAUGGGGAUGAUGAAAACGAAGGAGAGUUUGAAGCAGACAAGCAAGCUGCCCUUGCUCAGAUCUAAGAGACAGAGUUGAUGGAUCUUCCACAUCAGAGAAGAGAAACUGCUUGUUCUUCACAGAUCAGCUGCAAAAAAUGUUUUUAUGUGGAACUUUGCUGAUAGGAAAAAUCCCAGAUGGUCUUUUUAAUUUAAUUGUUUUACUUGAAAGUUGUUUCUUUUUUUUCCCCUUUGGCUCAGUUGAUGAGUUGCCAAGAUGACUAAAACAUCUGAAGAAGUGACACCAUUUGGUUUUUGGAAACAGAUCUGAUCGACAUGAAUGAAAAUGAGAAGAUUUUGAUGGUGUUGAUGUGCGGAAUGUUGACUUGAACAGGUGUGAGUUGUGUGCACACUGGUUGGAUUACAUACAGCGUGUGAAAUACUGUGGCUGCUGUGACAGCUUUCUGCCAGCAGAGGGCUCUGCAGCACAGGUCUCUUCUCUGAAUAUGAAGUUUCUCAUUAACAUGGGAUUUAAUUCUGGGCCAGUGUUGCAGAAUUAUUUAACCAUCUGAGGUUUUGCAUGACUGAAGGACAUCAUAAAUGCUGUAUUUCUUGUUAAGUACCAGAUUUUCAGAAAUGCGGGUUUAGUUAGUCAUUUUAGGUUUCAGAUUCAGGUCAGGUUUAGACAUUUCACCAAAAAAAGCAUAAAGGUAAGAUGCUGAUGCAUUUAAUUAUUGCCGUUAUUUCAUAAAUAGCCAAUUAUCGCCAACCCAUCUUUGUUGAAGCAUUCAGAUGUUUUGGCUUCAAAACAUUUUAUAUUCCAACCUCUUCAAAGCUUCCUAAAAGGCAGGGUUUGUUUUGAUAAAUAGGAAUAGCUAAAAACUGGAGGUCAUAUGUGCAGCAGCACGCCUCAUCGGGUCUGUUAUCGUUCACUCAAGGAUCAGAGCGGAUGUUUGUGCAGGAAAAAUCCAGGGAUUCUUAAAACUAUAUGAUUAACAUUUCUGCAAAGUACGAAUGUUGUGUUUUUGUGUGUGAAGAGUUCAGAAGUGACUCUUAAGUUUGUCUGUUUCCACAUUAAGUGACUCUGAGCUGAAAAGUGUUUGGGUCAGUGCAAAAAGAAAAGCACUAGAGUCACGGAUUAACAAAGAAAGUGAAAUCAGACGGUUUGGAGGAUACAUUUUUUGCCUUGUGCUUUAUCUAACUGUGUUUUUAUCACAUCUAUGUGGUAAAAUAGAGAAGACCUCCAAGAGCUCGCCGUUUCAUUCUCAUAAUGAUUUGAUUAUCAUCAGAAUGAAGGAGUGACCUUGUAGAUAUCAAAAUGCCUUUAUUUGCUUAUCCAGAGGCUUUCCUGCUGUAGGUUGUGGCUGUUGUAAUUAAAGUUUAGCACUUAUUGUUGAUUUGGAAGAGAAGAGCUAAAACGCGAAUGUAAAUUCAGAUUUUGUAAGAAAGAAAAAAUCUAAAAGCUUUUUAGUUCUGAUUUUAUCUAAAUAUGUGAUCUCUGUUUUUGUGCAUAUUUUAAAACCGGUCUAAAAUGCAAAUGUUAUGUUGAACACUAAGCUUGAUGUCACCUGUCAAGUUUUGUUCAUUUGUAAUCUAGCAGCAGUUUUGUGUUUUUGGUCAGUUGCCUUGUGCAGUUUGGAGCGGCACAAUAUAAUUCUACGUAAGAAGUCGGGUCCUGAUUGUUGAGGGCUGCAAAAACGAUUUUGUGUUGCACAGUUUUUAGUAAAGUUUGUGACCGAAGACAAACGGGAAACUUUUUUUUUCAGUUUUUGAUUAAUCAGCUGAUUGAUUCCUAGUUCCCCAAUUGUCUGCCUUUCCAUUGCUUUACUUUCCUUUAGUGUUUUUUAUGGUGAUGUUUUUACUUUUGUAACAUUUUCAUCAUAACGCCUCUUAGUGUGCCCCCCCCCCCCCCCCGGACACAUAUGUGCUAAAGAGAAAUGUUUUAGGAUUUUGAAUUUUCAUUAAUUUUAUUGACAUUUUGCCAAUUUGAUUUGUUUUUCUCUAUUUUAGCAUCAAAAUAUUUUAUUGACAAUAAAUGUUUGUUAAAUAAAAACCA